AUGUCCUCCUAUUUUGCACACCGUCGUGAUUGUCGUUCGAAGCAGGCGGAGCGGCGUACCAGAAUUGAAAGUCUCCCACCUGCUUAUCAUGAGCCAUUAUCCAGCGCCGACAAGGUCAUCCUCACCAAACCCAUCGCAGAGGUUGUCUCAGGCGUACAAUCCGGCGCUCUCUCUCCUAACGACGUUCUCCUCGCCUAUGGCAAGAAAGCGCUCCGGGCGCACGCGGCCACCAACUGCCUCACCGAAAUCAUGAUCUCGGACGCUGAGCUCUGGGCGCGCGGCUGCAGAAAGCAGGGCCCGCUUGCUGGCGUACCCGUGAGCCUGAAAGACGAGCACGCCGUAGCAGGGUACGACGCAUGCAUCGGGUAUUCUGCGUGGGUCGGCAAACACGCCCCGCGCGAUAGUGCGCUCGUGCGGCUGCUGCGCGACGCGGGGGCGGUGCUGUACGUGAAGACGAACGUGCCGAUCACGAUGUGCUCGUUCGAGUGCACGAACGACCUGUUUGGGCGCACGACGAAUCCACACAAUGCGAACUACGCGCCUGGGGGGUCGAGCGGCGGCGAGGCGGCGCUGCUUGCUUAUGGGGGCUCGCGCGUGGGCGUUGGAUCGGAUGGUGCGGGCUCGGUGCGGGUACCCUCACACUACUCUGGAACGUAUACGAUCAAAGCGUCCUCAUCUCGCUUCCUGAAGUCAGGGAACGGUCCUACAAGUACCCCGGGGCUGGAGGGCGUCUCGGUUGCCUUCUCGCCCAUGGCGAGGACGUUGGCGGACCUGGAGACGUUCUGGCGUGCGGUCAUGAGCAUGAAACCAUGGGAGUACGAUCCAUAUGUGGUACCGAUGCCAUGGCGUGACGUUGAGCUGCCUCCAACGAAACCUGUUCGCUGGGGUGUGAUCUGGGAUGACGGCGUAGUAGCGCCGUCACCUGCGUGUCUGAGGGCUUUACAAGAUGUCGUAUCUGCACUUGAAAGCAACGGGCACGAAGUGGUCGCAAUCGAGCCACCGAGUCUCUUCGAAGGUCUGGAGCUUGGGUCGCAGUUAUUCUACCCUGAUAGCGGGAAGUUGUGCGUGGCGCCAAUGCGUACCGGCGAGUAUCAAGACCCUGGUGUUGAACAAGCUCUGGCAAUGUUCCGCGCGCCACGCUUCAUCAAGCGUCUCUACGCAUGGUAUAUCCGACGCGUUCGGCGGGACCCGCAGUACGCGGCGCUCAUCGAAGAGUGGUUUGACAAAACGGUACCGCAGUACCUUGGGCUGGUCGCGCGGCGCGAGGCCUAUCGCGCGCGCUGGCACGAGUUCUGGCAGAACGAGGGGCUCGACUUCGUGGUUACUGUACCGAACGCGCAUCCUGCUGUCCCGAACGGCGGUAUGUUGGAGGGGUGGAAGUCGUGCACUUAUACGGUGCUCUUCAAUCUGCUCGAUUAUUCUGCAGGCGUGCUACCGGUGACGCAUGUCGACAAGGAGCGCGACGUCCUGCUCAGCGCAUUCAAGCCGAGGAACGCUAUCGAAGCGGGCGCAUAUCGCAUGUACGAUGCCCAGAAAAUGCAUGGGCUGCCCGUUGGGGUGCAGAUAGUGGGGAGGCGCUUCCAAGAAGAAAAGGUGCUCGAAGGCAUGAAAACGGUUGAGCGACUGCUCAGACGGGAAGGGAAGGCGUAUGAGGUCCUAGAGCGGGAUGUCUGA